AUGGCGGCCCCGCAGCCGAGCAGCGACCUCUCCCAUCUCGAGGACGACGAGGUCGCCGAGGCGCCCAACCCCUACGCCUCCAAUCCAUACGCCUCCAAGAGCCGCUGGCACCACCAGGAGUCAUCCAAGUUUGCCCGCCAUGCCGCCGGGUCGUCCCAGCACCCCCAGCCCCGCGACCCCGAGGCCCGCGGCCGUGUCAGCGACCUCGCCGACUUCCUCAACAAGGACCGCAUAAGCCCUUCCGACACGGCCGACGACCCUGGCAAGCCCCCCGGCACCAGCGCCAGCGGCCGCCCCAAGUUCACCCCCGUCGUCAUCGGCGCCGCCGAGGCCCGCGAGGCGACGGGGAAUGCCGACCACCCGGACAUCUACGCUGCCGCCCCGGAGCCCGCCGGCGACGGCAAGGACGUCGCCUGCGGGCCGCUCCUCAACUACCGCCGCAUGGAGCGCGGCCGCUGGCUCGGCAGCGUCCUCGUCGUCACCCGCGGCGGCGGCGCCACCCUGCCCGAGGCCCCGACCCUCGUGCUGCGUCCUCUCGGCCCGCGCCAUGCCGCGCCCCAUGGCGCUGCCGCCACCCACGAGGCGGCCGCCCAGCCCUCGGCCGCGGUCGGGCUCGAAAGGGUCCCCCGCAACGAGGCCGGGGACGAGGUGGUCGAGGUCAACAUCCCUCCCGAGGGGGCUGACAAGGACAGCAAGGACAAGGCCAAGGGCACCGGCUUCCCGUCCGACGGCCCCGUGGCGGACCCAGAGGCCCAGGCGGCGGUGGCCAAGGGCGGCGAGCGCGUCCAGGGCUACUGCCUCUACUCGGACCCGCGCAACACCUUCUGGCGCUUCGACCUGGACGUCCCGGUCGAGGAGUUCGAGGCGCGGUGGGAGUACACCUUCCCCGGCUUGCGCUUCCACAGCCGGACCAAGCCGCAGCGCAGCAUCUUCCACGUGCCCGCGGCGGCCGAGUCGAUGCGCAUCAUGUUCCACUCGUGCAACGGCUUCAGCGUCGGGACCGACGAGGAGGCCUGGAGCGGGCCGGCGCUCUGGAAGGACGUCCUGCGCGUCCACGAGGACCGGCCCUUCCACGUCAUGAUCGGCGGCGGCGACCAGAUCUACAACGACGGCAUCCGCGUCGGCGGUCCGCUGCGCAAGUGGACCGACAUCGGGAACCCCAAGAAGCGCCGGGACCAUCCGUACCCGGAAAGUCUAAGGCAGGAGUGUGACGACUACUACCUGAAGAAUUACAUUAGAUGGUUUUCGAUAUUCCCCUUUGCAAACGCCAACGGCCAAAUCCCACAGCUAAACAUAUGGGACGACCACGACAUCAUUGACGGGUUUGGGUCGUACACGAACGACUUUAUGAAGUGUGAUGUGUUUAGGGGCAUUGGGGGCACUGCGCACAAGUACUACCUGCUCUUCCAGCACCACUUGCCGCCACCGGCCUCGACAUACACCUCGGAUGCCCCAAUCACUGCAGACCCAGCAAGCAACAUGGGCAACGACGCGACGACCGAGGCCAACGAUGUCAACCAGCUUAUGAACACUUUUGUGGCCCCCCGCAUGACCGAAUCACAGUACAUCAAUGGAAGCCACCCCGGGCCAUAUGUUGCCGAGCAUUCCCACAACAUGUAUUGCCGCCUGGGCGCCAGGAUGGCCUUCGUUGGCAUCGAUGCCAGAACCGAAAGGACACGGCAUCAAAUCAACUACCCAGAGACGUACGACCUGAUCUUUGACCGGCUGCGAGAAGAACUGGGGGCGGCGAGGCGCGAGGGCACUCCCAUCACGCACCUGAUCCUGCUCCUGGGCGUACCCAUUGCCUAUCCGCGUCUGACGUGGCUUGAGAACGUCUUCACGUCCCCCAUCAUCGGGCCCAUCAAGUUCCUGAACCGUCGCUUUGGCCUGGGCGGCGGCAUCUUCAACCACUUUGACGGCAGCGUCGACCUGCUCGACGACCUGGACGAUCACUAUACGGCCCGGACCCACAAGAAGGAGCGCAGCCAGCUGAUCGAGCGUCUGCAGCGCGUCAGCGCCGAGCACUCGGUGCGCAUCACCAUCCUGGGCGGCGACGUGCACCUGGCCGCCUUUGGGCGCUUCUACUCGAACCCCAAGCUCGCCGUCCCCGUCGAGCACGACCACCGCUACAUCACCAACGUCAUCUCGUCGGCCAUCGUGAACAAGCCGCCCCCGGGCGCCAUCGCCAACCUGCUGGCCCGCCGCAACAAGAUCCACCAUCUCAACCACGACACGGACGAGACCCUCCUCAAGCUGUUCGAUAAGGACCCGGGCGAGUCGUCCAAGACGGCCGGGUUCAACCACGUCACCAUGCCGAGCCGCAACUUUGCCGUCAUCACCGAGAACUCGCCCAACCUCGGCGGUGGCGGCGGCGGCGGCGGCGCCACUCCCGCCACCCACGUCGGCAACGGCGCAGGAACGCACCUGGUGCCGCCCGGCACCUCGAACGGCGCCAACGGGGCCGGUGGCAGCAACAACGGCAACAACAGCAACACGCACCUCGCCCCGCCGCCGGGCUCCAGCGCGGGAGCCAGCGCCACGACAUCAGCCGCCUCCUCGACGCGCUCGCAGGUCCCGGGCAAGGACGGGCACUACCCCAUCAGCCAGGGCGAGCUCGGCUGCGGCACCGGCCACCGGGCGGCCGGCAAGGGCCACGGGACGGCGGGCGACGGCAGCCUGGACGUCAUGAUCCGGGUCGAGAUGGACAACUCGGACAGUGAGGGCCGGACGCAGCCGUACGGGCUCUCGAUCCCGUCGCUGCGCUACGACAUGUCGCACCCUGCCCACGCCAGGACGCUCGCGCCCGCCGAGGCGCAGAACGGGGCGGGACGGGAGCAGUAG